UGUGGAAGGUAACAACUUAUCGUUCGCUACCCUGUACAGCCGUAUCCAGUUCUUUCUUUCUCUUCUUCUCUGCGUCUCUCUCUCUCUCUCUCUCUCUCUCUCUCUCUCUCUCUCUCUCUCUCUCUCUGUGUGUGUGUGUGUGUGUGUGUGUGUGUGUGUGUGUGUGUGNCUCUCUCUCUCUCUCUCUCUCUCUCUCUCUCUGUGUGUGUGUGUGUGUGUGUGUGUGUGUGUGUGUGUGUGUGUGUGUGUGUGUGUGUGUGUCACAGUGUGUGUGUGUGUGUGCGAACGCACACAACCCCAUUACACACGACGUUGUUUGUACCACAUUUGGUUUGUUGCUGUUGUGCAAGGUAGCGGCAUCGAUGGAUCAUCGGUGGAGUUCCGGAUUUCGAGGAGCAGCAGGAGGAGGACGGGCUGGUUUUAUGUUAUUCGUUUGUCUGCUUUAUUGCUUGUGCUUUCGCUCCGCGGUUGGUCAGGCUACGGUCGCGGUGGUGCAGAGCGGAGGGAGUUCGCAUCGCCCUCCUCCUCCCGUGUGUGCUUCCAGCCCGAGGCAGGGCGUCAUCGAUUCUACUCUUUAUCAUCCUGGCGAUGCAGCGUGUCUUAUGAAGUCCAUCAAGAAGUACUCUUAUCAGGAAUUUCUCAAGGACAGGCCCAUGGCUGCCACGGUGUUACGGCUCUCCUUCCACGAUUGCAUGACCAAGGGUGGCGGCUGCGAUGCGUCCAUUUUUAAGCCUGGCGAGAUCAGGGAUCCGGAUGACAUCAACGAAGGAGUGCGGAUCACGGUGCCAGUCAUCACCAGGAUUCGACAGCGAGCGGCGAAGGAGUGCGGUGUGUACCCGACGAUGGCGGACACCAUAGCCAGAGCUGGCGCUGCUGCCAUCGCGUUCUCUGGCCUUGCCGAUCCCACCACCGCCGGUUUCCUGCUGGGGAGAAGGGACAUUGCCGACAAUCAGACUGGUGACGACCCCAAAACUCUGCCCAAUGCUGUCGAGGCGUUCGAUGUCAUUCUGAGAAAGCUUACAGGUUUGGGGUUGUCCUUGAGAGAAGUGACCGUUUUCUCUCUCGGAGGGCACAGUGUGGGCAAAUCCGCCUGCUCUCACUUCAAGUUGAGACUCAACAACGGGAGCACGCCUGGCGGCUGCCGGAAACCGGUGGACCCGACUCUCGAUCCCGCCUUCGCCUGCAAGCUGGCGAAGCUCUGUCGGGAUCCGGACGCCGACGUCUCGUUCGACUUCGGGACGCCAUUUUCGCUGGACAACAAGUACUUCAAGCUGCUGUUGAAACAUCAAGCUCUGCUGCGGAUAGAUCAGGCGUUUGCAACCCACUCGGGGACAGCGCGCUUCGUCCGGGAAUACGCCAAGAGACCGAAACGUUUCGCGCGAGAUUUCCUGAAAGCCUUCGUCCAGGUGGAGCUUAUGAACAUCAACGGCCCGACCACUGCGCCGCCGAAGUACUAUUACUGAUACUCUACUAUAGUAUUUGUUCGAUGGCACUCCUCAAGUGUGGUCGCCUCUAUGUGAGAGAUGGAUGGCAGUAAUGACAGUGGCAUGAUUAUUAUAUAACAGUUAAGGGUAUUCGGAUGUGCAGUAGCAACGUCAAACAGUUCGUUGGUGCUGCUAGAAUACAUCGAAGAAGAUGGAAAUCUGGUAAUAGUGAUGCAAGGCAAAUGGACGAAAAGACGGGAUUUUUUUUGCUUUUUUUUUUGGGUCUGGAAAGCGGGAACUUUGUGAGGGGUCGGCGGAGGUUCAGUAGAGUCGAAGUGAAAAGGUGGGGAAAGAAUGCGGGAUGUGUGGUGAUUGGAAAUUUGGCGUGAGUGCGAUUAAGGAGGAAAGACAUGAUGAGGUAAGGGAGGGAGAGAUGUAGUUUGUCGCAUUUGAGCGGACAAGCUGAGAAGGGUGUGGUGGACAGUUGCUCGGUUCUCAGUGCAUUAAUUUUGUGCUUAUAAGUUGACAUCCUCAGUGACAUGCUAUAGGGUGCGUGCGGGAUUUAGCAUGGCUUGCAUUGGAUAUCCUACUAUAUCGCAUUGGAUAUCCUACUAUAUAUCGUAUCGUCUCAUGUCCUCGAUAUCAUAUCAUAGAUGGUGAAAUUAAGCCCUUCUCUCUUUUCUUGUCUAUCUUCCCCAAAUUCAUUGUACAUAGUCUUUUGCUUGCCGGGGAUAAGUAACCGGACUGGAGCCCCCCAGAAUAGAAGGGGCUGUGUGUGUGUGUAAAAAAAAAAAAUAGAAAAGAAAAGACUUUUAUGUGCUGUCGCCUCCUCUAUUAAAAUAUGUGUGUCCGGAGAGUUGUAAUUCAUCCAUCGAUAGAAGACGGAAAUUUUUGUCAGGGCGCAACACAGACAGACAGACAGAAAGACAGACAGACAGAAGGACUGCCCGAGCGCUUGAAACAACGGGUCUCGCAGGUGAGAGGAAGACCACCAUGGCUGAUUGCGGGUCAUUGUGUGGGUGCUGUCUGAACUGAAGUGCGCGGUCGUGUGCCGGCUGCUGUGUGCUAUCGGUUCAUCGGAAUUUUCGACCGGGCAGCUGCGGUACCUGCGGUUCCUGCGGUUCGAACCUUGUGUGAAGUUCGAACGUCUUUGCUCCACCAAUCAUGCACCUGCGGUUCCGGCGGUUCCUGCGGUUGGAAAUUUGUGUGAACUUCAAGUGUGGAGGUCAAUCGUCAGGUGGUCGAGAGUCAUUCCGCGAAAUUGAAUUCCAACGAAGAACCCAUUGUGGGCGAGGACAAGUGGAACGAACGAUCGGGAGUUGAUCGUAUAUGGGUUUUAUAUGAUGAGAUUGGAUCUCGAUGGGAAGCGCAGUUUCUUGUUCUGGAUUAGAGCGAGGGAGGAGAGCAAAGGUAGGACUGAAUUGCAAGGGAUGGACAGGUAGGGCUAAGGGAUGAAGGCUGGUAAGUGAGGAUGAAGGGCGCAAGGGAGGUUGAUCAUGUCAGGCACUGGCCAGAUGGUCGUAGCAACAGUGCAAAUAGCUGCGAAUGCAUCAGCUAGGGAGGAGGAAACGUAGGCGGCAAGUGUGCAUAUGGCCGGAUGAUAGUGCGUGGUUGCCAGGUGGCAGGCAUGUCGUCGGCGGUGCUAACAGAUCUCGAACGCGGGUUCUCUGUACGAGGAAGGUAGUGUAGGUGAUUAGUGGACGACAAGUGUGAAAGCAGAUAAGCUCGGGGGGAGAAACAAUUGAUAGGUUGAGGAGGCGUAGAUGAGGAAACUACCCGCUAAUGAUGAUGCGAAGGUAACACAGAUGUUAUGGAGAGUGUGAGCUUGGAUGGACAAGGGAGGACAGGUAGGACAGUGCCACAGUGGGUCUCUCUUUUCAUGGAGUACGUUAGGCGGAGAAUCUUCGUAGUUGUUUGGAGUAUGCUCGUUGAUGUCAUCCGGGUUUAGGCUAUCGGUGUGACACCAGGAAGGAACUGAUCGGUUGAUGCUUUGGGGAGUCUUUGUAUGCAACUUCAAAUGCUUUGUGUAAUGUCGAGGUGAGGCCUUGUGGAAGAGAAAUGUCAGAUGUAAUACGAAGAGAGUCGCGGAGUCCUGUGGGCUCCGGGGUGAUCAUGCAUUCCAGUUAAUCCCUCUUGAAUGGGAGGCAAUCAAUGCUGGAGGGCUUUCUGCUCUUCAUCGCUGGCUUUCUUCAGUUGGUUCUGUUUCAUGGAGAGGGAAGCUGGGCCUGGUUCCCAGCGCAUUGUUGCUUCCCAGGAAUGAGGUCGCAAGUGACGGCCGAAUAAGUAUGGAACACAUACGGGGUUUUCUCCUCUGUUAUCUCUCCUCACUGUCGUCAGUCUUCUAUUGCCUCUCUCCUCUCUUCCCUCUUUCUCUUACUGUGCGCCACAACCUACCUCCAUAAAUCUAUUCAUCUCCUAGUCGUCUCUUCUCGACUGCCUAUACAACCUUUUGCCUUCUACGAAUUUUGCGUUGUGGAGCUUAAUAAAAAAUAAUGAAGCUCAUGAUGUACACAGUUGGGGAAAUCAUUGGUGGGUGGGUAAUGGCUGAUGGACCAGAGACGCUGACUGUGAAUCGUGGACGAUGUCUUCGCUAAGGAGGGGCUGCCUAAGCCUACCUUGGUAACCACCAGUUGAGUUUCAAUUCUUUUUAGGUCUGUGUUUUGUAGCUUUUUAUGAGGUUGCACUGGGAGCCAG